UUACAAUAUUUUAAUCCCUGGAGUAGAGAUGCCGGAGUGGGUCCUCCCUUUUGAAGGGGAUUCAAUAUCUUUCAUGGCUUCAGAGGAUUUGUAUCGCAAGUUUCUUGGAUUGACUCUCUGUUUUGUUUUCUGUGGAGACUAUUCUGAUGAAGGGGAAGCCAUGUUGGAGAUUGAACCACAUGUUAAUGGCAAAAGUCGGGGUACCCUUCAAAAAAGUUUCCUUUAUUUGUACACCGAUCAUAUCUAUCUUGAGUAUACCGUGCCAUUUAAUCUGUUUGGAGAAGUCGAUUUUGGUCAAACUGAGGGGAGUUACGUACAAUUUAGCAUUAGAGUAGAGAUUGACGAUAUUGUGGAAAAGCAGGGAUUUCGAAUAAUAUGCAAGCCACUAGAGGACGAUUUAAAGAUUGAGAUUCGGGACAAACAGCUAAUGGAUCUAGCAUUACUGAAGGAGGUUGAUCUUGAAUCAACAGAUUUAGAAGCAGAGAGUUCACUUGCGCACAAAGAUUAUUCGAGCGAAGCAGAUCCUCAGGAAGACCUGCAAGAUCGUCAAAUGAGUACUGAGGAACAUAGUCAAAUAGUAGUAUCAAAGAGAAAUCAGGAGCUUAUUCUCACUCGAGGCAUGCGUACCAAGACCACGUGGACUUCUAAUUCUAUUGGCAGAGAUGAGUAUGGUGGUGUUGGGUUGCAGCUUUUGUUGUCAGAAUGAUCGGGAAACUUGCUAAGGAAGCAAUUCGUAGCAUCACCACUCCACAUCUUUCCUACGACGCUGGUGAGCUCUCAUGAAUGGAAGAUCGCCACCGCCAACAGAGGCGACGAACGGAAGAGGUUCGUCUUCCGGAAACAAAGUCCCUAGCGAACCGACG